GCAAAGACGUGUGCUCAACAUCGCAGCAAGCUGCAUCAGAGUAAUAUUAAGAGAAAACAGCAGGAUAAUGCGUGCUGCUCAGAGUCAGUCAACACUGGAGGCCAAACUGAAGGCCCUGCAGUGUCACUUCACCUGGGACAUCGACCCCAGCAGGUCCAAACUUUUCCGUCUCAAGGAGAAGCUGGAGGACAUUGGUACCAAGGAGGGAAACAGCUGGCUGGGUCACAUUUACAACCUGCAGGGGUACAUUCACUACCAGCUGGGCUUCACUGAAGACACCCGGCGUUUCUUCAGCAGGGCCGCAGAGGCCUUUUGCCGGUCGAGAAACACCGUCUCAGAUGAAGGUCCCUGGUUGUUGGUGAACUACGGGAACCUGGCUUGGCUGCACCACCACCUGGGAGAACAAGCAGAGUGUCAGACUUACCUGUCAAAGGUCGACACCCUGCUGAAAGAAUACCCAUCUCCAUCCCAUGACGAGCUCCAUCCGGAGAUCUACGCUGAAAAAGCCUGGACCCUGAUGAAGUUCGGCAAAGAAAAAAAGGUGCUGGUUGCAGAUUACUUCCAGAGAGCCAUCAGGAUGCAGCCGGACAUGGUGGAGUGGAACACCAGUUAUGUCAUAGCAUUAGUGAAGGCUUUAAAGCACUGCGACAAACCAGUGGAAGACGACAUCCUGGAGAAAUUGAGAAUGGCCAAGGAACAGGAUCCAGAGAACUUGUGCCUUGCUGUUCACAACCUUGAGCAACGUGCUAAGAGAGGAGAAAGAAUUAACAAUGAAGCACGAGAGUUAUCCAGAAAGGUUUUGAGAAAUCCUGUAAGCAGCUACAGUGGUAUGAAAGCGUUAUUAAGGGUUUACAAAAGCUAUGUAUCUGUUGAUGAGGCUAUUGAUUUGGCAGAGAAGGCGCUGAAAAAACAUCCAGAUGAACGUUACCUGAAGCGAUGUGCUGCACUCUGCUACAAAUGGAAGAUCGUUUUUGCCAGGGACAGUCAUGUAAAGCAAAGCAUGAUAGACAGAGCAAUCAGUCUCCAUAAAGAAGUGAUUUCUCUUUAUCCUCAUGGGUCACUUGUGAAGAAAAGAGAUCUCGCACAUAUAUACGCAAAGUCCAAUCGCGGCCAGGCUAAAGCUGAGCAGAUUUACCAGAAACUGCUAAAAAUGGAUCUGGAACCUGCAGACAAACAGAUGCUUUACAAUGGCUACGCAAGAUACUUAAACUAUGAUCGACAACAUUACAACAGGUCGAUAGAAUAUCAUAUGAAGGCAGCAAAGAUACCACAACAAUCCUUCUUUCGAGAGAACAGCAUCAAAGCUCUGAGGAAGAUUAAAAUAAGAAACAGGAGCCCAAUGUGUAGAAAAAUAGAGAAGUUACUGACCAAGCUGGCCAGGCUAGAAAAGUCCAAAUCUAGUAGAAAGUGAAGGUGCAACAUUACCUUAAAAAUCUGUACAUAUUCAUCAUUCUGAUUUUAAAACAUUAGGAAAACUUGAGGAAAAGAUUUGUGGAAGUUACAGGACCAAGGUACGUUUGAAUCGUUUGUUUUUUCAGUACAGUUGACACAGGCAGAAACCAGAAACAGGUUGUUUUUUUCGUUUUUUAAAUUUUGGGCAAAAAAACAAAAAACACAAAUUCAGCUUGAUUUUUUUGUUUUCUGUUCUUGCUGACAAAACAAAUUUACCACUCAAUGUUUGUUUUCAUUGGUGGGUGGGCCUUCAGUGCCUCCUUGUUUCUGAUUGGCCAGUGUGCUCUGUCAAUUAUGUUUGCACUGUACUCUUCAUAAUAAAGGUACCAGGUGAGAACAGAAAACAAGAAAUCGAGCUGAAUUUGUACUUUUUGUUUUUUGGCCAAAAUUUAAAAAACAAAAAAACGUUUCCGGUUUCUGUCUGUGUCAAUUGUACUGAAAAAACAAACGGUUCAAACCUCGGUCUACAGAGUCCGGGUAUCAUCGAAUAAUUUGUAAUUAAUUUGUAAUUCAAAAACCAAAAAAUGGUGAAUCUGUUAUUUGUUUCAAAA